AUGGCGAAAUCGGUCUCAAUCACCCACGGCGGCGACAAAUUGCUGAGCUCGGUAGCAGCACUCAACGGCCGCGUCUUCAGUACCGAUCCAGUCAUAUCCUAUAUGCUCCUUGACCUGUCCCAGGAAGAGCGCCUGGCAUAUCUACCCACGUACUGGGGAAUCCUAAUCAAGUCAGCCUUGCUCAACGACGCGGUCAUCACCGAGGCCGAGGACUGGAAAGCCGCGUCUGUCGUGAUCCUGCCAGGCCAAUCUGUUGAGAAUACCUGGACGCUGAUCUGCGCGGGGUUCCUCGGUGUCCUAUGGAGGAUAGGAAUUCCAGGCUGCAAGCGUCUCUGGUUUGAGUUCUCUGGUAUGACCGAUAACGCGAAGAGAAAGGGUCUACGUGGACAAAAGCGAUACUACUAUAUCUUCAGCAUUGGGACUGAACUCGAGCACCGCGGUAAAGGCCUUGCCAGAGCUAUAAUGCGUGAUCAUCAACAGACGGCACAGGCAGCAAAUCUUCCAAUCUGGUUGGAGGCCACAACACCUCGCUCCCGCGAUCUAUAUCUCUCGAUGGGCUUUGAGGUAAUCGAGGAAAUCGUGCUCGGUAAAGGCAAGGUUGCGGUCGAUGCGUCUCUGCAGCCCGGAGGACCAGGAGUCCCCCUGUGGGCAAUGGUCUGGUGGCCCAAGUCUACUUCUGAUUCUGUUUCCUAA